AGCGAGUAGCGAACCAAGCAGCUUCACUUGUCCCGACGCGGCAAGUGUGUGAGGAUCGAGGCUGCCGGAGACGCUAGUGGCCCCCUGCACGCACUGAGAUGAAGACCCACGCGCUGCUGCUCCUGUUGGCGGCGGUGUUGGUGGCGGUGGCGAGUGCGACGUCCCCGCCGCGUAUCCCGUUACCUGGUGGGCCCGCGGAGCCUGACUGUACCGGCAACUCCGCGGCGGACCGCUGGAGGAAGGACUGCAACUGGUGCUCGUGUCGGAACGGCCGCGGCUCCUGCACGCGGCGGCUGUGUCCACAGGGUGUGAAGGAUGACGAGCCGCCGUGUGAGGGCAACCCAACCUGGAAGGACGACUGCAACUCCUGCUCCUGCGUGGACGGCCGGGCCAUCUGCACCUCCGAGUACUGCGGUGGUGAACCAGGCCCAGUGGUGGUCGAAAGCAAACGCUCCCUGGCGUGUGAGGAAGGCUCCCGCUGGCGUGUGGAGUGCAACUGGUGUACCUGUGAGCAUGGCCGGGGCGUGUGCACUGAGGCGGCCUGCAUUGACUGGAAUGAGGCCAAGGCGAUUGAGGAUGGGGUGGUAGAGUGCCAUGGAGACGCUCGCUGGAAGAAGGACUGUAACUGGUGCACCUGUGUCAAUGGCCGAGGGAUCUGCACCACUCUCGCCUGCCUGCCGUCGGAGCGCAACCCUUACCACAACCUGCCGGUGGGUGCAACAUGCGUCCCUGGCUCUCGCUGGCUCCAGGAGUGUAACUGGUGCGUCUGUAACGACAAUGGCAAUGCUAUAUGCUCCCUGAGGGCUUGCCAACCUGACUUGAGGCACGAUGGCCCAACGUGUGAAGGUGACUCAAGCUGGCGCCAGGACUGCAACAACUGCCGCUGCGUCAACGGCACCAGCGCCUGCUCCAAGAGGCUGUGUCCAACACAACAGGCACAGGGCACCACCGGCACCACCCAGCAGGCCACCCCACAAGCAGCCCUGCAGCCAACCCAGGAGCUUCAGUGCCAGGGUGAAGGGGAGAGGAACCGCUGGAGGAAGGACUGCAACUGGUGCCGCUGUCAUAAUGGUGACGCGGCGUGCACCAAGCGGUUGUGUCCCGAGGGCCAGGAGGAGGGGGAGCCAAUCUGCGAGGGCAAUGUGUCCUGGAAAGACGGCUGCAACAUGUGUCGCUGCGUCAAUAGCAAAGCGAUAUGCACCUCGGCCUUCUGUGGUCCUCUUCCCGUCCGGCCCGCCACGCGCAUGGUUGAGGUGACCAGGGACCCGCGCCCAGAGUGUGAGGGUGAGGGUGAGGGCGACCGCUGGAGGCAGGACUGUAACUGGUGCCGCUGUCGUAACGGUGUGGGGGCGUGCACCCGGCGGCUGUGCAGGACGGCCGGCCAGGACAAUGAGCCAGAGUGUGAGGGCAACGUGUCUUGGAAGAAGGACUGCAACCGCUGCCACUGUGCCAACGGCCGGGCCAUCUGCACCACGGCCUUCUGCGGCCCAAUCCCUGCCCGUCCUGCCCCACGCAGGGAGCCGCGCCCAGACUGCGAGGGUGAGGAGGAGGGCGACCGCUGGAGGGAGGACUGUAACUGGUGCCGCUGUCGUAACGGUGUGGGGGCGUGCACCAGGCGGCUGUGUAGGCCUGGCGAGAAGGACGAGGGGCCGGAGUGUGAGGGCAACGUGUCUUGGAAGAAGGACUGCAACCGCUGCCACUGUGCCAACGGCCGGGCCAUCUGCACCACGGCCUUCUGCGGCCCCCUCCCUGCCCGUCCCACCCCACGCAGGGAGCCGCGCCCAGACUGCGAGGGUGAGGAGGAGGGCGACCGCUGGAGGGAGGACUGUAACUGGUGCCGCUGUCGUAACGGUGUGGGGGCGUGCACCAGGCGGCUGUGUAGGCCUGGCGAGAAGGACAAUGAGCCAGAGUGUGAGGGCAACGUGUCUUGGAAGAAGGACUGCAACCGCUGCCACUGUGUCAACGGCCGGGCCAUCUGCACCACGGCCUUCUGCGGUGACCUUCCUACCCCUGAGGUCACGGUCACCAAAACGCCAACACCACAGUGCGAGGGUGAGACGGGAGUGGACCGCUGGAUUCAAGGGUGUAACUGGUGCACGUGUCGCAACGGCUCCUCGUCGUGCACCAGGAGAGGCUGCCGGGAAGGUGAAGUGAGUCAGCCCCUCUGUGAAGGCAGCCCUUCGUGGAGGAAGGACUGUAACCAGUGCCACUGUGCCAACGGCCGGGCCGUCUGCACCACCAAGCACUGCGGCGGCCCCCUCGGCCCAGAGACAUCCGUGUCGGUGGAGGUGAGCCGCGCCAGGAAGGAGCCAGUGUGUGAGGAUGGCUCCCGCUGGCGUGUGGCCUGCAACUGGUGCUCCUGCCACAACGGCAUGGCGGGCUGUACCGAGAAGGGUUGUCUCAACCCCCAUGCGCUGGAUGGAACGCCGGAGUGUGAGGGCAACGCCACCUGGAAGAGGGACUGUAACUGGUGCACCUGUGGUGACGGCAAGGCCGUGUGCACCAGGAUGGCCUGCCUCAAGGAGACCAAGGAGGUCUGCGUCGAGGGCAGUUCCUGGCGGGAGGACUGCAACAUGUGCCGCUGCUCCCAGGGCUUCGUCAUGUGCACCAAGAAGUUCUGCAUCAAGCCAGAGUUGCCGGAGCUGUGCAGUCUGCCUCCAGUGACGGGCAACAUACAGUGCACAGCCUUCUUCAUAAAAUGGACCUUUGCUAAGAACGAGGGGGCGUGCACGCAGAUCACAUACGGCGGCUGUUCUGGCACAGCGAACCUCUUUGACAGCAAGGAAGAGUGUGAGGAAGCCUGCCCUGCACCAGCCCACACCAGCCCACAGAGCAGACGCAUCACACUAGUGGCCCAGGCUGCUUCCUCAGGUGGUGAGCGCUGCACGUUGCCUCAGGUUCAGGGGCCGUGCUUUGGGGCCUUCCAACGCUAUGCUUACAAUGCCGUCACUGGGACCUGUGAGCAGUUCUUGUUCGGGGGCUGCGCCGGCAAUGCCAACAACUUUGUGACCGAGGAGGAGUGCAUCGAGGCCUGCCAGGGAACGCAAGGGAGCGCCUGUGACAAGUCCAAGUGCCCGUGGAACCUCUGGGAGCACUACCUGGCCAAGGAGUGUGUGCCGCAGUACGCCGGGGACGCCUGUUGCCCCACCUCCUUCCAGUGCCCGAGUGCCAGCGAGCGUGGGAAGGACCCGACCAAGUGUUACUACAAGGGCACGGAAUACAACGAAGGGGAGAACGUGCCUGUGGAGGACCCCUGCUCUGCCGGGUGCUAUUGUAGAGCGCCCACCACACCAGACAGCCUGGCCGAGAUCAUCUGUGCCAACGUCGAGUGCCCCGAACUCUUCCGCCCACCAACGCCCGGCUGCCGCCCUCUCUACCGUGCCGACCAGUGCUGCCCCUACGACCAUGAGUGUGUUGAGCCCAACUCGCCGCCGCUGGAGACCCGCGCUGCCACCUGUGACUGGCAGAACAAGACGUACCAGGAGGGCAGCAAGAUGUACUUCAAGGACGACUCCUGCCAGUCCUGCAUCUGUGGACCAUGCUUCACCGACCCAUACGGACCAGGCUGUCGCAAGAUUGACUGUGGAUUUGGCUUCAGGUACACCGCCAGGUUCCACCAAGGCUGUGUUCCCAUCCACUAUGAAGGGAGCAAGUGCUGUCCCAUUGGCUGGAUGUGCCCUGAUGACUCCCUCAUUGAGCCUCCCCAGCAGCAGCAGCAGCAGCCACCAGUUGUUGAUGAAUCAGCCGUGUGUCGUCUGGGUGAUCGGACGUUUGCCGUGGGUGAGUCGCUGGGCCUGACGGACUGUAAGAUCGACUGCCGCUGCCUGACGCCGCCCGAGCUGACCUGCAUCCAGUACAGGACGUGUGAGGCCAAGCAGGAGGCAGCGCCCAAGAAAGAGUGCCCCGCCGUGCAGUGCGACGCUGGGUGCCGCCUGGUGGUGGACGGCCCCGCGGGGUGCCCCACCUGCUCCUGCUCCCCCGACACCUUCACCUGCCCUGCCCAGACCUGCCCCAGCACCUGCAGCCCCGACGUGGACCUUGAGACGGGCUGCCCCACGUGUAGGUGCCAGUGCCCCGCGGAGGUCCCCUGCCCUGCGGAUUGCCCUGUUCACACCGUGCUGGACGAGGCCACCGGCUGCCCCCGCUGUGAGUGCCAUUUCGCCGCGCCCCAGACCCGUGGCCCCUGCCCCGAGCACCCUGGCGGGCGGGUGCCGUGCCCCAUGGACUGUGCUGUCAUCACCAGGGUGGAUGAGAAUGGCUGCGAGGUGUGUGAGUGCGACCCAAACCAAACCGGAAAUCCCUUCGGUCCUCCAUCCCCCCCGAGGGACCCCAGCCUCUGCCGGACAAUGCCAGAUGGACGAGCGCCGUGCCCCAUGGACUGCUCCAUCAUCAGGGUCACCGACGAGAAUGGCUGUGAGGUGUGCAAAUGUGACCCCAACAACCCAGGUCACCCCUUUGGCCCCUUCCGCCCUCGACCACCCCCGCCUGCACCGAGGGACCCCAGCCUCUGCCAGACAAUGCCAGAUGGGCGAGCGCCGUGCCCCAUGGACUGCGCCAUCAUCAGGGUCACCGACGAGAAUGGCUGCGAGGUGUGCAAGUGUGACCCCAACAAUCCAGGUCACCCCUUCGGCCCCUAUGGCCCACCACCACCACCACCCUCUCAGGAGCGUGUGCGCAGGGAUUAAGCCGCUGCUGGCCAGGCGCCUUGCCCCCAGGACUGCGCCAUCAUCAGGAUCACUGACGAGAAUGGCUGUGAGGUGUGCAAGUGUGACCCCAACAACCCAGGUCACCCCUUCGGCCCCUAUGGCCCACCACCACCACCACCCUCUCAGUAUCAGUAGCGUGUGCACGGGGCUUGUUUCGGUGCUGGCCAGGCGCCUUGCCCCCAGGACUGUGCCGUGGUAAGAAUCACUGAUGAAAGGGGCUGUGAGACAUGCAAGUGUUUUCAUUUUUUCGAUUCUAGGGGACCCGCAUAGGGCCUCUCUCCGGUUACAUGAUAUGCGGGGGAUUCAAGGGGCCAGGACAGGAUUAGGAUAAGGGUAGGAUGAGGGAAGGUAUUGGGCCAUGGUGAAGGGCCAGGAUUAGGGAGAUAAUGAUUGAUGAUCCUAUUCCUAAAUGUGUCAAGAGUGGGACUAUUAGCUACAUGAGAUGGGAGAUGAUUCCACUCUUGGAUGCUGCAGGGAAAGAAUAAAUAUUUGAAUAGCA